ACAGAUUGGACACUGGACUACUUUGAAUACCUCGACGUCGCGUUUCAACGCAAUUCCCACGAUGAGCUCAUUUACCAUGAAUGCCACUCGGCUCUCUCUACGAUAUCUGGCUCCAGCGAUUCCUUCCCUCCGACCUGUCGGCCCCUUUCAGCUCCCAACAACUCAGUUACAGAACCGUCUACAGUCCACCUCCAGAACACUACCAAAAUUGGCUCAAACAUCAGUAUGGACAUCCUUAGUUCCCAAGUUCAUUCGAAACCGUGGCUCCAGAAAAACCAAGCCAUAUAAGCCGAAGUCCAAAGAAUGGAACCCCGCAAGUUUCUACAUCAUCAUCUUCAUCCUGAUCGGGUCCCAGGCCAUCCGGAUGAUCGCAUUGAAGAAUGAGUAUGCGGCAUACACCCGAUCAACGGACGCGAAGAUCAGACUUCUUCGAGAGGUGAUAGAGAGGGUCAAUAAGGGGGAGAAGGUAGAUGUGGAGAAGUUGCUGGGCACGGGAGACGAAGCGAAGGAGAGAGAAUGGGAGGAAGUUCUGCGCGAAAUCGAAGCGGAAGAUUCAUUAUGGCAUCGCAAGGCCGCCGCAUCGGAAUCCCAGCAACAGCAGGUCAAAGAGCCCGAACAGCCAAUCGCGAAGGAUCCUGUUGUGCCUGCUGAGGGUCCUGCAGACAAGAGCUUACCCACCGAUGCCAAGUCAAAGAAGAAACUCAACUUCUUCUAAACAAGAGUGUGUCUGUUGAUGAUCGACACUGCCAGGAUGAGGGUAAGCACAAGGCUACCACUAAGCACGGUGGUGCAUCGAAUGUGAAAGCUGCGGUGCGCAUAUGUACCGAGACUCCAAGGCCUCAUACAUGGGCAUUCCUGAGGAUUUGAACAUCGUCGUGAUCUGGUUGUCCUUGGUUAGUUGAGUGUCGGUCAUGUUCGAUCCGAAAAAAGCCGAGGGAGCAGCAACCUCUAAUAGCAUACUGACUCUAUCUAGUCUCGGCUGACUCAAGCAUACCAUCUUUUGGCUUGGUCCUGUCCAAGUAUGCUUGAUUCUUUCCCAUCUCCAAUUGCAUCUCAAAUGAUACCCACAUAGCAUAUCAUAUGAACUCCGGAGGCGUUACCCUAACGGGAGAUAACUUGGAAGGGUCAUAUGCUCUGUAAAAUACAAUCAAUCUACUUAAAGGUCCGCA